GUCCUGCCCUGCAGCAGUGAUGAUGGAAUAGGAAUUCUUGGUGCUGCAGAUGUGUGCAGAUGUGUGAGGUGAAUGCACCCUGUGUGCACUAAUCAUCACUUGUGCACUUGAGAUUUGGGACCAGGCCUCCAAGGGGACUCGGGAUCAGGUUAGACAGAUAGGUGCAGGAUGGAGCGUGGAGGUGUGCAGAGGAUGAGUGCUCUGGCCCGAGAGCUCACCCGGGUCUUCAUCAGCUACAACAAAGCUUCACAUCUGCUCAGGAAGAACCUGAAGGAAACCAACAACUUCUUCAGAGAGAUCCGACAGAACUACAGCAACAUCUGCUCCUCCGGAACGUCCGACCUGGAACCAGGUCAGCUUGGAUGUAUCUCCUUCCCCCGUAAGGAUGAGGAGUUCCUGCACGGCAUCGUGGCGAGCGUUCCCUACAUCCUGGUCCUGGGGCAGGACUGCGCCGCUCGCUACCAGCUCCUCAACUGCCUGCUCGGAGAGAAGCUCCUGCCCGUCGGCUCGGACCUGGGCGGGACCUGUGGGCCGGGGGGCGGGGCCUGUAAGCGGAGGAAGUUGUGUUUUAAUUAUGGACGGCAGACGCGGUUGAGCUUGGCUCUUCCCGGUCAGUACGAGCUGGUGCACCAGUUAGCGGCGAACUGUAGCCGCUGGGACACCGUCCCCCUGCAGGACCUGGAGAUCCAGGAGGACUGUGAGGAUUCAGCGCAGCGAUUGGCCGAGCUGGAGAUCACGCUGCAGCACCCUCUACUGCAGGAGUGUAAAGUGAUGGUGGUGCCGUGCUCCGGGGUUCAGAGUAUCGAAGACGCGCUAGGCGACUGUACGCGUAACGCCGUCCCCGUCGUCCUGUACGCCCUCAGCCGCGACCGCGUCAGCGCCGACGAGGCGGCGGCUCUCCACAAACUCCUUCACCUGCUCCCGUUCCCCGUCUGUUACGUCCGGGUCCCGGUGUCCUCCGGCCCUCCGCCCGAACCCGGCGCUCUGCAGAGGCAGCUGGUGUCGCUGGGCCUCCUCCCGGGCGGGGCGGGGAACUGUGCCUGCGGGGCGCCGUCUCAGACUCACGCCUCCUCCGGAAAACCUCCCAGCGUCCUCGGCGAGGGUCUGGACCGCCUCCAUCGGCUCCUGGUUCCCUUCGCCAGGCAGGUGCUGAGCGGCCAGCAGGUGGAGGCGGCGAGUCGACUGGACGAGCUGCACUGCAAAUACCUCGAUCUCUUCAUCAACCAGGCGUUUGACAUGCAGAGGGAUCUACAGAUCACCCCCCGCAGGCUGGAGUACACGCACGAGAAGGAGUGCGAGCUGUUCUCCUCCCUCAUGGACAUCGCCAACCGCAAACAGGAGGAGAUCAAGGAGAUGAUCGUGGAGACGCUGAGCGCCAUGAAGGAGCAGCUGCUGGAGGACGCCGCCAACCUGGAGUUCACAGACGUCAUCAUGAGCUCUAGCGGUGAGACGGUGAGUACCAAGGACAUCAAGUCGUGCAUCCACCAGAUCCAGGAGCUCAUCAUGGUGCGGCUCAACCAGACGGUGGCCAACAAGCUCAUCAGCUCGGUGGAUUAUCUGCGUGAGAGCUGCGUGGGGACGCUGGAGCGCUGUCUGAGCAGCCUGGAGAAAUCCAACACCGAGGCUCACAACGUCACGUCUAACCACCUCAAACAGAUCCUGAACGCCGCGUAUCACGUGGAGAUGACGUUUCAGUCUGGAUCCAACGUUUCCCGCCUCGUCUGGGAGCAGAUCAAACAGAUUAUCCAGAGGUUGUCGUGGGUGAACCCCCCCUCCAUCACGGCCGAGUGGAAGAGGAAGGUGGCUCAGGACGCCAUCGAGAGUCUGAGCGCCGCCAAACUGGCAAGAAGUAUCUGCUCCCAGUUCCGUACCCGCCUCAACAGCUCCCAUGAUGCUUUUGCUGCCUCGCUGCGCCAGUUGGAGGAGGGUCAUACUGACCGUUUGGGUCGGACGGAGGACCUGUGGGUGCGGGUGAGGAAGGAUCAUGCACCUCGCCUCGCCCGCCUCUCACUGGAGAGUCGAUCACUUAGAGACACACUGCUGCACGGGAAGCCGAAGUUGGGCCGGGAGCUGGGCAGGGGGCAGUAUGGAGUGGUAUAUCUGUGUGAUAGCUGGGGUGGGCAUUACCCCUGUGCCCUGAAAUCAGUGGUACCACCUGACGACAAACACUGGAACGACCUGGCACUGGAGUUCCACUACACACGGUCUCUGCACAAACAUGAGCGACUGGUGGAUCUUCAUGGUUCGGUGAUUGAUCACACUUACGCUGAUGGUUCCAGCAUCGCGGUCCUGCUCAUCAUGGAGAAACUCCACAGAGACCUGUACACUGGUCUUAAGGCUGGUCUCUCUCUGAAGGAGCGUUUGCUGAUCGCUCUGGACGUGGUGGAGGGGAUUCGCUUCCUCCACAGUCAGGGACUCCUGCACCGAGACAUCAAACUGAAGAACGUUCUGUUGGACAAGCAGAACCGGGCCAAGAUCACUGACCUAGGGUUCUGUAAACCUGAAGCCAUGAUGUCGGGCAGCAUAGUAGGAACUCCCAUCCACAUGGCACCGGAACUGUUCACAGGGAAGUACGAUCACUCGGUGGAUGUUUACGCCUUCGGGAUUCUGUUCUGGUAUCUGUGCAGCGGUUCUGUUAAACUGCCUGAAGCCUUCGAGAAAUGUUCCAGCAAAGACCAGCUGUGGACCAAUGUCAGGAAAGGUUCUCGUCCGGAGCGUUUGCCCACCUUCGAUGAGGAGUGCUGGCAGCUGAUGGAUGCGUGCUGGAACGGAGACCCCUUACAGAGGCCACUGCUCGGAAUCGUACAGCCUAGGCUGCAGAGCAUCAUGGGUCGCCUGUGUGACGGAGCUGACCAGAAGAGCGCCAGCCUCGAGGACUCCAACUAACACACACACACACACACACACACACGUCUAAACACUCUGACACACUCUGACACGUUCCUAGUGGAAGACGAUGAACUGACAGUGAUGAUGAUGAUGGUGGUUACAUUAUUUUGUACGUCUAGGAGAUUUUGAAAGCCCAGGAACACACACACACACACAUACACACACACACACACACACUUUAGAACUCUUGUAUUAGAAAGCUAUUUAUGAUUUGAGCAAUACAAGUAUAAAAUGUGCACAUGAUGCUGUUUGUGUAUUGUUUGUGUUUAUGGUAUAUUUAUAUUAAACAUUGUGUCAUACACACACACACACACACACACACACAGUCCUUCAUAGCAUGCAGUCUAAUUGCUGCUUUGUCAUAGGAUUGUUACUAGACAUGAUACGUUUUAAAACUAGUCUUGUUUUUUUUGCAGUAUUACACAACAAAAAUAUUAAUUUUAGCUGGUGUUUAAACUUGCUAUGUGGAAAAAAAUGAAUUUUUUAAUAAAAAAAAGUUUU